AUCAAUACAGAUUUUUCUCAAGAAGUGGAUUGUAAUCAGUACAAUAGGAGGAUUAUCAUUAUUAUUUAAUUAAAUUAUCGAUCUGAUUUUAUUAAGAGUUAGUUAGUUUAAUGAGUGACAAUGGCCUGGACGAAUUAUCAAGUUUUUCUUGCCCUGCUUAUGGUCUUUACUGGCAGUAUUAAUACCAUAAGUACAAAAUGGGCUGAUAGGUUGAAAUCAGAAGGACGAGAUGGAGAGCUGAAAAAUUUUGAUCAUCCCUUCUUUCAAGCAAGCACAAUGUUCUUGGGCGAGUUUAUGUGCCUCAUAGUCUUUAAAGUUAUGUACUUCAUAUAUAGCAGAAGAAGGGACGGAUCAGAAGAGGUCUCCGAACUAACCAAAGGAAACCAAAACUUUAACCCCUUAAUCCUGUUCAUACCAGCCAUGUGCGAUAUGACUGCCACCUCUAUAAUGUAUAUCGGCCUAAAUUUGACUUACGCUUCCAGUUUCCAAAUGUUCAGAGGAUCCGUAAUUGUAUUUGUGGGAAUUUUGAGUGUAGCAUUCCUGCAUCGCACCCUAGGAAAAAGGGAAUGGUUCGGAAUCCUCUCUGUGAUAUUAGGUUUAGGCGUAGUGGGCUUAGCUGACUUCAUGAGCAAAGACACAAGCGGUGAAAACCACAACAAAAACGACAUUAUCACCGGCGAUAUGUUGAUAGUGAUCGCUCAAAUUAUCCAAGCCGUACAGAUGGUGGUGGAAGAAAAAUUCGUGCAAGGCCACAACAUCCCGUCAUUACAAGCUGUAGGAUGGGAGGGGUUGUUCGGGUUUGUUACUUUAGGGCUCCUACAGAUUCCUUUCUAUUUUAUAUUCGCUGUUAAACCUUUGGUUCCUAAUAAUGGGGAUCGCUUGGAAGAUGCUAUAGAUGCAUUUAUCCAAAUUGGUAACAAUUGGAGGCUGUUGAUGGCUAUUUUGGGCACGAUUAUUUCGAUCGCUUUCUUCAACUUUGCCGGUAUCAGUGUGACUAAAGAAAUGUCUGCUACGACCAGAAUGGUUCUGGAUAGUGUGAGAACCAUUAUCAUAUGGAUGUUCAGUUUGGCUUUCUUUGGGCAAGUGUUCCACUGGUUACAGCUCUUGGGUUUCGUGUUCCUGAUAGCAGGAAUGUGCCUGUAUAACGGUAUAACUUUCGCUUCUACAUUUUUAUAUGUAAGGUCGGUUGUGUACAGGAGAAGUGGACGCAGACAGCAUGUGGAAGAAAGUAUCGUAAACACUAAUGCCAGUGAUGUAGAACCUUAAUUGGGAUUCUUUUAGUGAAAUUUUUUAAGACUGGGAAGGUAUAUUUGAGAUUAGUUGAACAUUGUGAUACAGGGUGAUUUUGUAAUACUGCCAAUAAGUGCAAAUUUUUUAAUUUAUCUGUUUUAUAUUCGUGUAAAACAAUCAAUCUAAAGUAAUUUAGUGUCAAAAAAAUAGAGCUUAAAUAAGUAAACUCACAAUCUUAAGAUACUUUCAUAAAAUACAGAUUUUACCGAAACUCAAUAAAACCAAUUGCUAAGAGAAAUCAAGACAAAUGCUAAGAGAAAUCAACGUAAUAAAAAUCAUGCCAAAUUAAAAUUCUGUUGGUUAUAAACUUAUUGCAAACUUCAAAAAUCUUAAUUAAACUUAUUAAAAAACCUCAGACUAAAAAAAUUCUUAUUAAUAUAAAUCAUCAACUACUUUGUUAAGAAAAAAUUAAGCAUUAGCAGAGUGAGCUAAAAUACUCCAAUAUUUUCUAGUCUCCAAUAUGUUACAAAAAUAUAUGACAUGCAGCUCUUUUUUCUAAAACAAACAGAAGCUGGAAUAGUAUAAUACAGCAUAAUCCCAAAAACAUAUUUAAAUAAAUCAUUAAAAUCAUAUUUCUAAUAUGAUAAGAGCAAACUUUGAUGAUGAGAGUCUCAAACUUCGGUUUGUUACAUCCAAUUACUUGCUUUCAUUUAAAUCUUUAUUCAGAAUAUCUUCAGUGCUAUAUUUGAACUGUUUCACUGGGUUAGGGCAAUGGAAUCGUUGUGAAACUUCCUGUAUCCUUUACACAAAUGCGAAAUAGCAGGAUCCCAAUGCAGAUCCCUGAACUAACUUUUAAACAAUGUGCUGUCCUGACACUACCGAGUUUGUUUAAAUCACUGAAAGCAAAUUUACAUUAAUAAAUUGCCAAAUUUUAUAACCAAAUAUUCAUGUAGUAUAUAAGCCUAUAUAGUAUAUAAGCAUGUCAUAUAUAAGCUUUUUUUAUAUAUAUCUAUGUUUUUUAGAAAAAAAAUACUUCUAAAACAAAAGCAUUUCUCUAUAAUAUUUGGAAAAAAUUAAAAUGUAAAUAUUUUAAUUUAAAACCUGUUUUAUUACGCUCAAAGUAACCAAACAUAUCAAGACAAUAUUACUAUAAUUGCACUAGAAACAUAUGCGGUCGUAUAAUCACUAUUGAAAAUAAUUUUAACUUUAUGUAAUUUAUAAUUGGAAUAUUCAUUUUUGAAUCCGUGUUAGAAUGAUCAGGUACCAGUAAAGUCGUCGAUUAACUUGUGUUGGCUAAAUCCCAUUUUCUUUCACAUACCCAACCUAAAUUUCUAGCUUCUUUAUCUUGAUUCAAACGAGUAUUAAUGUUUACACCAUCAAAAACAUUUUUCUGGAUCCUCGAUAAGUUCCAUCAAACAAUUUGUUUUGAUUCUGUACCUAGAAAUUUGCUAAGUAUGCAUUUUAUAUAGAUGGAGUGUUUCAUUUAUCACAUUAUAAUUAAAUAAAAUAGUAAUUACUGGUAGAUUUGCCAAAUAAUUACUACUUAUUAAAGUUCCUGUUUUUUUUUAAAUUUUAAUUCCUCGGAUGGGUGUUCCGUUACAUAUAUUUCUAGUUUUCUCAAAAUUUCCACAGAUAAUGCAAAUGUCUGUUGGCAUACUGCAGUCGAACCCAUUUUUCUAACCUUAUCCAUUCGGAAAAUAUCCGUAGCAAUGUUGUCCUUAGAACCUUGAAAUAUCUGUAUCAUCGCCAUACUUUUUCAAGAUUUCAAUGAAUGAUACCAUAUAACAUUUCUCUAACAACCAUUUCCAUGUUAAAAUACAAAGUUAUUGUAUCAAUUCCCUUCUUUUUAGCGGAAUAUUUAAAUACCCUUUUUCCAUUGAGAAAUUGAUACCGAAAAUUUAAAGAGGCUUAGUCAUUCUUUGUAUAAUGCACUUCAUUUCGUUACUACAGGUUUUAUAUAUCACUGUUUCCCUCUUUAUUCACACAUUUAGAGACUUGUUCGGAAUUAUUUAAAUCACCAAUUGAAUUGGAAAUUUCUGAAUUUGAUAUUUUGUAGAAACCUCAGACAAUUCUAUGCAGCAUACACAUUUUACAAAUGGUUAUAUGAAAAAUAAAUUAAAUGAAUCCCUAUAAAUAGAAUCAAUGAAUUUGAUUUAAAUUUCGGCCUUCUAAUUAAAAACCUUGAAAUGUUUAAAAAUACAAAAGAAUCACAAUCGAAAUUCACAUCAAGAUAGUAAUUUUUAAGUAGGUACCCAAAAUUUAAUCGCUUUUUUUCAUGAAAACCAAAUUGCAAUGCGUCGAGCGUUUUCGUAAGAGAAAUGGAUAUAGUUAAUUGCUAAGUUUUAAAACGAUUUUCAACAUCAUCUUUUUGGCCGUAUUAAAUUAAAUCACUCUGUAUAACUAUUUCAAAUUCCUUUUUUUAACGAAAAUUUUAUACAAACAAAAAUUAUAUGGGGGGUCUUUAUUAACUAGAGCAUUCGAAUCUCAAAUAUUGCUCGGUUUAUGCCCUCAUAUGUAAUUUUCCCACUUAUUUACUUUAAAAUUCGUUAAAUUUUCAUUUUAUAGCAGUUUCUUUGUUAAGUACAUUUUUAAAUAGCUCAAUUAGAUUUAUUUAACGGAUUAUUCAUUUAAAAAAUAUUAUUUUUAUAUAAAGUGUAUAAAAAUGUUAUAUUAUUAUUAAGUUAAUAAGUUAAUUAAACAUUAAGUCUUACCUCAUACAA